CACCGAAGUUUCCAAAUUCAGACUUCCAAGGACGACGAUGAACAUGAACUGGUCAGGAGGAGACUGGAUGUGUGGUGUGUGUGAACAUGUGAACUUCAAAAAGAGGGAAGCUUGUCAACGAUGUGGGUACCCGAAAUACGGUGGUCCAGACCCAUCAACGUACGAGUUUAACAAAACAGAAGUGUUAGCAGGAGAUUGGUAUUGUCAUUGUGGAGCUCACAACUAUGCCAGUCGAUCAAGUUGUUACAGAUGUAAUGCAUAUAAGAGUGCUGAUAUUUGUGCUUUGCCCGGUUGGAAAUCUGGAGAUUGGAUCUGUAAUAGAAUAGGAUGCGAAACACACAAUUAUGCUAGUAGGAUGGAAUGCUAUAAAUGCAAAACUCCGAGGAAUUUCGGUGGAGCGGUUUGAAUUUUUGAAGAACUCUUAGUGGAGCUAUUAUUUGGCCAACAUACAAGCUUCUAGCAUCUGAUUCCCUCCAAUUUGCUUCUUUUUUUCCACUUUCUUUCAUGAAAAAGCUAAAAAAAUUCUGUUUCUUAAUCUCAAUUUAGAGCUAAUUAAUUAGAAUUAUCUCUACAUCGUUCAA